UUGCUGCAGAAAUUUUCUUAAACUGUAACAAAUUUCUGUGAAGAUGGCAUAAAAAUAAAAUAAGGUAGGAAGAGAUUAAUUUUUCAAUACGAUACUUAUACUAAAAUAAAAAUUUAAUCUUAAAAUAAAAAUAAUUAUACUGACUUAAAAGUAGCACUAUAAGAAUUGUUUUAUUUUUAUUAGAAAUGUGGGACAAAAAAAAUAAAUAAUAACAAGUGGAUAAAUAGUCAAUUUUAGUUUAAAUUUAUGUAGUGUUUAAAUGACCUGAUGAUAUAUUAAAAUGUACGUCUGUGAAACAGUUCUUAACUUUAUAUAUGCAUAAAUAUUGUAAAGAUUGAAAUUAAAAAAAAUAAAAUAAAAUAAUGGACUUUGACUAUGCAUGAUUUGCUUAUUUUGAUUAAUUAUGCUUUUUGAACGAUUUCAUUAUGGAAUGGACUGUGUGAUUUAUUUGUUAAUAGAAAUUUUCAUUUUUCUCUUAAAAAUAAUGAAUUUUUUCUGUGGUUGAAUUGUAUUUCUGUUUCAAAAAAAAAAAAAAGAAUUGUAUAUUCAUUUGAAAAUACAAUAAGCUAAAUUCAUCUAAAAGUUUGUUUAUUAAAAGUCCUUUUGUUAUUUUUUUAUAGUUUUGUUGAUGUAACACUAAUAUGUCAUUAAUUUUGUAUAAUUUAAUAGUUUAGGCAACAAAUACAUAACGUUUUAAUAACAAAUUAUGAGAAUAUUUGUAUGUUUAGUAUCAAUAUAUCCAAGUAACCCUAUUGAACGAAAAAAAAUACAAUAAUUUGUAUAGUUAGAUUUUAGUUCAGGAAUAAAAAUUAUAUUCAUUCUAAUAUUUUUAGAUGGCUUGCCAAGUUUAUUAAUUUUCUUUAAAAAUCUAUUCCCUACGAAAAGCAUAAAUAUACAAACAUGCAUGCCAAUUCAAAUCAAUUAUACAAAAACAAAAGAGACAAAACGUACACCAAUAGAAAGUUCAAUUUUUUUUUUUCGAAAAGGUAUACUUUAGUGGAGAGAAAAAAGAUAAGAAUCUAUUCCCAACAUAUUUCCCCAUCUUUGGAUUUAGGCCAAGAACAAGAAUCAUCUUCAAAAGUUUCAAUCUUUCUAAACCAUCAUCAUCUUUGGACAAAGGGCAAGAAUCUACUUAAACAAUACCAAAGGAAAAGUACUAAAAUCAAAAUUCUUUUAAAAAAAUAAUAGUAAUGGUGAACACUUCAUCUCCCUCUUCUUCCUUCUUCUUCUUCUUCUCUACAAAAAUGGAAAUUUCAUUCAUUCUUCCCACCAAACAAAUGGCAUUCUCUUCAAUCUCCCUCUCCCUUUCCUUCUGCUUCUCUCUACUCUUAUUCUCUCCUCUCUUUCUCAAAGAAGUCAACGCCUUUACAGGAACGUAUGGAGUAAACUAUGGGAGAAUAGCAGACAACAUACCACCACCACAAAGCGUAGUGACACUUCUCAAAGCAGCAAAGAUCAAAAACAUAAGAAUCUACGACGCAAACAAAGAUGUUCUAACGGCUUUCAAAGGUUCAGGAAUCGAAAUCAUUGUAGGACUUGGUAACGAGUUCUUGAAAGAUAUAAGUGUAGCUGAAGACAGAGCAAUGAUGUGGAUCAAAGAAAAUGUUCAGCCUUACAUUCCUGGAACUCGAAUCAGAGGAAUCGCCGUUGGAAACGAGAUAUUGGGUGGCUCUAGUUUAGAAUUGGGUGAAGUUCUUCUCCCAGCUGUGAAAAACGUUUACAGUUCUCUUCAAAAACUUAAUCUACACAAAUCUAUUGAGGUUUCAAGUCCACAUUCAGAGGCAGUUUUCGCCAAUUCAUAUCCACCAUCUUCAUGUGUGUUUAAAGAAGAUGUAGCCCAAAUCAUGAUACCACUUUUGAAAUUCUUUCAACAAAUUGGAACCCCUUUUUAUAUCAAUGCUUACCCUUUUCUAGCUUACAAAAGUGACCCUGAACACAUUGAUAUAAACUAUGCUCUGUUCAAGAAAAGUCCUGGCAUUUUCGAUGCCAAAACUAAUCUUCAUUACGACAACAUGUUCGAUGCUCAGCUUGAUGCUGCUUAUGCAGCUUUGGAGAAAGCUGGGUUUCCUAAAAUGGAAGUGAUUGUGUCUGAAACAGGUUGGGCUUCGAAAGGUGAUAGUGAUGAAGCUGGUGCUAAUCUCAAAAACGCUAGAACUUAUAACUUGAAUUUGAAGAAAAAAUUGCUUAAGAAAAAGGGUACUCCUUAUAGGCCUAAGACUAAGGUAAGGGCUUAUAUUUUCGCUUUGUUUAAUGAGAAUCUAAAACCUGGUCCAACUUCGGAAAGGAACUUUGGGCUGUUUAAGGCUGAUGGGAGUAUAUCUUAUGAUAUUGGUUUCACUGGGUUGGCUCCUUCUUCUGCCACUUCUUCUCUAUUGUCGUUUAAGGGUAUUGGAAUUCAAGGUUUGGUUCGAUCAUCGUAUUCAUGGGCUUUUACGAGCUGUGCUGCGGUUCUGCUUCUAAUUUUAUCGUCGUGAUGAUUGAGGAUGUUGACCAAAGACUUUGACUCCCCAUCCUAUACGUUGAGAUCCUUGAAAUUUGAAUUUGAUGUAAAAAUUUGUAUUUGUGUAAAAUAUUUACUGUAUAUGGUAAAUUUAUUCAUUCAAUUCCAAGUAUAUAUACCAAUGAUAACACGAUUAUUUUUUAUAUAUG